UCCUGGCGGUGGCGCUGGUGGGGACCCUUUCCCUCGGCCAGCACACGAAGCUGCAGGCGAUCGAGUGUCCAUUUCCAGAGGGUCAAGACGCCGCUUCAGAAACAAAGUGCGCUGAGUACACAGCCUGUGAGUGGACGGAUGGCAGAUGCCACAUGGUCAGCAAUGAUGUGGGAGGCUAUGUGGUGGACGGUGAAGCUCAGGACACCGGCAGAGGAUUCAAGGUUAACUUGAAGAAAGCAGAUGCCUCCGUAACCAUGUUUGGUGGAGACGUGACCGACCUCGUGUUUGAAGUUAUCUACCAUGAGAACUACCAUGUGCAAGUCAAGAUUUAUGACCAGGCCAACGCACGGUAUGAAGUCCCAUUGCCACUAAACCUGCCAGCUGAAGCCGAGACAGAGCCUCUUUACUCCGUCAGCGUCAGCGGCAACGGGGAACCAUUCCACUUUAACGUCAACAGGAACACGAACGGCAACACCAUGUACGGACCCCUGACGUUUGAGGACCAGUUCAUCCAAAUCCACACAGAACUCAUGUCUACCUACUUGUACGGCUUCGGCGAGAACACCCACACGUCUUUCCGUCAGGUGUUCGAGCCCCGCACGACCUUCCCGAUCUUCGCUAGGGACCAGCCUGUUGGGACGGAUCCCAUGAACGAGUAUGGUCACCACCCCUACUACAUGGUAAUGGAGGACGACCUAGGGAAUUCUCACUCGGUUCUUCUCCACAACAGCAACGCAAUGGAGUACUCCACCUUCCUCUUGGACGACGGGACCCCCACCCUCACCCUGCGCACCAUCGGCGGCAUCAUCGAUCUGCACUUCUUUUUAGGACCCGAUCCUGAGGAUUUGAACCUUCAGUAUGCAAAUAUGGUCGGCACACCCGCUAUGCCCACGUACUGGUCGCUGGGUUUCCAUCUUUCCCGCUGGGGUUACAACUCAACAGAUGGCGUUCGUGCUGCCAGGGAGAGGAUGAAGGCUAUGGGCAUCCCUCAGGACGUGCAGACGUGUGACAUCGACUACAUGGACCGUCAGCGUGAUUUCACUUAUGAUCCUGUCAACUGGGGUGACAUGCCAGACCUCAUAAAUGAACUGCACAAUGACAACAUUAAAGUCACACUAAUUCUGGAUCCUGCGCUGGUCAUCGACUUCGACAACUACGCCCCGGCAGCGCGAGGCAAGGAAUCGGACGUGUUCAUCAAGUGGUCCGAGCCGAGCCUCGUCCCGAGCGACCAGGAACCCGGAACAGACGAUUACAUGGUGGGUUACGUGUGGCCCGAUACCAAGACGAUUUUCCCCGAUUUCCUGAAGCCCGAGACUGCGACCUGGUGGACCAGCGAGCUCAAGCUUUUCCAUGAUGUCCUGCAGUACGACGCCAUCUGGAUCGACAUGAAGGAAAGCCGGCCCACUCGCACCAACUGACAAGCGUGGACCGAAGGAAAGGACCCUUGGAGUCUCAAGUGUCCCGAGAACAAGUGGGACUCGCCCCCCUACCCGACCAUGAUGAUCAGAGUCGGUGACAAUCAGAGCAAGAAGAUCAGUGAUCACACCAUCUGUAUGUCCGGCAACCAGACAGAUGGCACCAAGACCUACUUGCACUACGAUGUCCACUCGCUGUACGGCUUAACAGAAACCAUCGCCACCUACAAUGGCCUGACGGAGGUGUUCCCCAACAAGCGUCCUGUUGUCUUGUCCCGCUCCACGUUCCCGGGUUCCGGCAAGUACGCUGUCCACUGGCUAGGAGACAAUGCCGCAGACUGGAAACAGAUGCACAUGUCCAUCAUUGGUAUGUUCGACUUCAAUAUGUUUGGCUUGCCUAUGGUUGGCGCUGAUGUCUGUGGCUUCUUCAACGAACCUGACCUCGAAAUGUGUGCCAGAUGGAUGCAGGUGGGAGCCUUCUAUCCCUUCAGCCGCAACCACAACACGAUGGGCACAGCCGACCAGGACCCCGGAAUCUGGCCUGAGGUAGGAGAGAUUUCGCGUGAAGUCCUCACACUGCGCUACAAGUAUCUGCCUUUCCUCUACUCUCUCUUCCACAAAUCCCACAUGCACGGCAAUUCCGUCAUCCGACCUCUUCUUAACGAAUUCCCCGCCGACGUCCCCGCUCGCGAUGUGGACGACCAGUUCCUGUGGGGCUCUGGGCUCAUGGUGGCUCCAGUGAUCACGCAGGGAGCUACCUCAAGGGAGGUCUAUUUCCCUCAGGGGCUUUGGUAUGAUCUUGUUUACGCUAAAUUAGUGGCAACAGGACCAACUACCCAGACGGUAUCCGCACCCUUGGAGAUAAUACCCGUGUAUGUCCGAGGCGGCUACAUCCUUCCUUAUCAGGUUCCUGCUCUUAACACCGUAGAAAGUCGCAAGAAUCCCUUCGGACUGACGGUCGCCUUGGACGAGCUCAUGAUCGCCCUAGGAGAGAUCUUCUGGGACGACGGUGAAGCGCUGGAACACGUCAUGUCCGAGUCUUACAUGAGCAAAUUGGCUUAUUAUCAGGACGAAUUGACGAUGACGGUAAGGCACGGCCAAGACGUCGUGGCUGGCAUCAACUUGGAGACGAUUGACAUCCUUGGCUUCCCCAAGGACGCGCAGAGGAUUAGUGUCAAUGGCGCUGAUAUUACGUCCUCCAGCUGGCAGUAUGAUGCUGACGCGAGUCUCCUGAGCAUCUAUAUCUCUGUCCCACUGGCCGACGACCUGAAUAUCAAGAUUUAUUAUGAUAAUGGCCUUUAAGAGUCCGGAGUCCGCUUACUUAUUAUUGGAUGUUUUAUUCUAAAAGCUGAAUAAAUUAUAUAGUAUU